AUGCCCAGCCUCAGAGUGUGCCCCAAGAAGGCAGAGGUGAAGCCCUCAGCUCCAGGACCAUCCCCUUGGACUCUUGCAACACAGGCCUGUGUGAGUGAUACUCCUGCUAUGACCCACUCUGAAUCUUCAGUCUGUGGGCCCCUCUGCUGUCACAUUGUUGAGCGGGAAUCCAUCUACCCUCACCAUCAGCAGCCAGAUUGCAGUACUAAGGAGGAGUUUCAUCCCACAGAACACAUUUCUGAAGAUUUUGGAUUACAGGUAGAAAUACCAGAAAAUUGUGAUAGUGAUGUUUCUCAGUCUCCCAAGCUUGGAGAGUUCUGUGGUAAAAUAUUAGAAAUGAAUUGGAAUAUCUCUGAAGGCAGAAACCUGGUACAGCCCCUCUACCAGGAGGGAGACUCCACACCAGUGACCAUGAUCCUUAAGGAUCCCUUAGGGGAGAAAAGUCUGAAUUGUAAUGGUUUUGACAAAAACUUCAGUCUAAGCCCAAGUCCAUUAGCAUAUCAGGGACUCCCUACAGAAAAGAGGCCACAUUCAUACAACACUUACAAGAGCUUCCGGCACAAUGGGGACCUAACUGGCCAGAAUGGGCUUCCUACAAUUGAAACCCCAUUCAUAUGUACUGAAUGUGGGAAAACCUUCAGGGGAAACCUUGAUCUUGCUCAGCAUCAGAUAGCCAACACUGGAGAGAAGUCUUUUAUGUGUACUGAAUGUGAGAAAUCCUUUAACCAAAACUCUCUUAAAAAUCACUGGCAAUCUUACAUAAAUGUGAAAGCCUACCAGUGCAGCAUCACUGAUGCUAGGCAUCAGGUUCACCACAGCAGUGAGAAACCUUCUGUGUCCAAUGAAUGUGGAAAAACCUUCAGCCAGAACUCAAGCCUUAAAAAACACCAAAAGUCUCACAUGAGUGAGAAGCCUUAUGAAUGCAAUGAAUGUGGGAAGGCUUUUAGGUGGAGCUCAAACCUCAUCCAAUAUCAAAGAAUCCAUUCUGAGAAAAAACCAUAUGUAUGUGACAGAUAUGGGAAGGCCUUCAGGCAGAGCUCAAACCUCAUUAAACGCCACAGGAUUCACACAGGUGAGAAGCCUUUCCAAUGUAAUGAGUGUGGGAAAGCCUUUAGCCAGAGUACACACCUCAUAAAGCACCAGGGGGUUCACACUGGAGAGAAACCUUAUGAGUGUAAUGAUUGUGGCAAGCCAUUCAAUCGCAUCUCCAACCUCAUUAAGCAUCACAGGGUUCAUACUGGAGAAAAGCCUUAUAAAUGCAAUGACUGAGUCAUUAGCCAGAGUUCCAGCCUUAUUCAACAUCGGAGAAUUCAUACUGGAGAGAAGCCUCAUGUGUGCAAUGUGUGUGGGAAAGCCUUUAGUUACAGUUCUGUGCUCAGGAAGCACCAAAUAAUUCAUACAGGAGAGAAGCCAAUAUAUGGGUGCAGUACCUGUGGGAAGGCCUUCAGCCACAGCUCAGCCCUCAUCCAGCAUCAAGGUAUACACACUGGAGAUAAGCCCUAUGAAUGCCAUGAAUGUGGAAAGACCUUUGGCCGCAGCUCCAACCUCAUCCUUCACCAACGAGUCCACACUGGAGAAAAACCUUAUGAAUGUACUGAAUGUGGAAAAACCUUCAGCCAGAACUCAACCCUCAUUCAGCACCAAAGGAUUCAUAAUGGAUUGAAGUCCCAUGAAUGUAAUCAAUGUGGCAAAGCCUUCAAUCGAAGUUCAAAUCUCAUUCAUCACCAGAAGCUCUACAUGUGCUUUGAAUGUGGUAAGAGCUUCAGCCAGAGUUCACACCUCAUUCAACAUCAAAUAAUCCACACUGGAGAGAGGCCCUAUCAAUGCAGUGAGUGUGGAAAGGCCUUCAGUCAGCAUUCAGUCCUAAUUCAGCACCAAAGGAUUCAUACUGGGGUGAAGCCCUAUGACUGCUCUACUUGUGGGAAAGCCUUCAGCCAGCGGUCAAAGUUAGUUAAACACCAGUUGAUUCAUAUCAAGGAGUAG